UAUAAGAGUAAAGAUAAAGAUGAAAAAAAAACGACCUCGCAUUUCUCCCUCGUCCCCGACAAUUUAAUCCAGCGAUCGCCCCACCACAGCCCUAGAGGUGUGCGAUUGUCGAUAGGUGUGCGAAAGCUGAAGCUGCUUUACGCAAAUGAUUUUGAUUUUGGGUUUGCAUCGAUUGUUUGGAUGAGAAUGCGUGGAAGGAUAUUUAGGCACCAUGAAGAUAGAAUUGGGUUAUCCUUAUCAAGUGUUGUCGUCGUAUCCGGCCCCUCUGUGGGCCACGGCGAUAGCGGGCUUUUUCGUGCUCCUCUCUCUUUCCCUUUCGAUGUAUCUGAUAUUCGAGCACCUUUCGGCGUACAAGAAUCCUGAGGAGCAGAAGUUUCUUCUUGGUGUCAUAUUGAUGGUCCCUUGUUAUGCAAUUGAGUCGUAUGUAUCAUUGGUGAAUCCGUCACUUAGUGUCGACUGUGGAAUCUUGCGUGACUGCUACGAAGCCCUUGCAAUGUAUUGCUUUGGAAGAUACCUUACUGCUUGCUUAGGUGGGGAGCAAAGAACAAUCGAGUUUUUGGAGAGGGAGGGUGGUUCUGAUUCUAAAGCUUCUCUUUUAGAGAAUCCUUCUGAAAAAGGAAUCGUACAUCAUCAUUUUCCUCUGAAUUACAUUUUGAAACCAUGGAGAUUAGGCAAAGAGUUUUACCAGAUUAUUAAACUUGGAAUCUUCCAAUAUAUGAUAAUAAAGACACUUACAGCUAUUCUCUCAGUUUUUCUUGAAGCUUUUGGGGUAUAUUGUGAUGGAGAGUUCAAAUGGGGAUGUGGAUAUCCUUACAUGACAGUAGUUCUCAAUUUCAGUGCAUAUUGGGCCUUGUACUGUUUAGUCCAUUUCUACACUGCUACCAAGGAUGAGCUUGCACACAUAAAACCGCUGGCGAAGUUUUUGACGUUCAAGUCAAUUGUCUUUUUAACUUGGUGGCAGGGUGUGAUAAUUGCACUACUGUAUACUAUGGGCCUGUUAAGAAGUGCCAUUGCUCAACAGUUAAAAUCAAGUAUUCAAGACUUCAUCAUAUGUAUAGAGAUGGGUGUCGCUUCAAUUGUUCACCUCUAUGUGUUCCCUGCGAAGCCGUACGAACUGAUGAGUAAUCGUUUCCCUGGAAAUAUUUCAGUACUUGGAGACUAUGCAUCUAUUGAUUGCCCAGUAGACCCUGAUGAGGUAUGGGAAAGCUCACGUCCUACUAAACUGAGACUUCCCCAGCCUGAUAAUGAUGCGAGUGGUACAAGCAUAAGAGAGAGUGUUCGAGAUGUCGUCCUUGGUGGUGGAAAAUAUGUGAUAAAGGAUUUGAAGUUUACUGUCAACCAAGCAGUAGAGCCCAUGGAGAAGGGUUUCAUUCGAUUCAAUGAGAAGCUUCACAAGAUCUCCCAGAAGGUGAAAAAGCACGACAAGGAUAGGAGAAGCAAGGAUGACAGUUGCAUCACUGCACCGCCGCCAGUACGUGGAAUUGAUGACCCACUUCUGAGUGGGAGCGCAAGUGACAGUGGGGUUGCUAGGGGAAGGAGACACCGGAGAGUAAUAGGCUCGGUUGACGAGGAAAGUUGGGAAGAUCGGAUCGAACAGGUUCAUGGUGAUUAUGAAAUUCGGGGACGCAGAUGGAUUAUGAGGGAUUAGUGAUUCAUUCGUGGAUUAUUAGCUCGAGAGUUUUACAUGUCAUUUGCCAAGAAGAGACUACAUCUAUUUGAAAGCGACUUGAUAGAUCUUAUAAUAAAUCUGGAUUGUAGGCUUCCAAGUUCCAGCUCAAUGCGUACACACACAUCACUCUAGAAGUGGGGCUCGAACUCCAAACCCAUAGAUUGGAAAGAAGAAGCUAACCAACAAGGCUACAGGUUAGUGUUUCCACUCGUUUCUUUUAUUUAUUUUCGUUCAUAAAACUUAAAAAGAUCAAAUUCUUUCUAUCCUGCAUCAUAUAAAUCAAUCCAUGUGUUUUAUGUCAUUUCUUGAAAACCAGACUCUUUGGCAUGCAGUCCUAGAUAUUUUGAGAAACAUUGGUUUUUUUUUUUUUUUGAGAGAGAGAAAGAUAGCAUAUUAUUGGUUUUGUUUAUUUUUUAAAAAAAAGAAAAACUGAGCUGAAAAUGUGAAGUAAUUAGACUUCGAAUUUGAAAUCUAAGAUAUCAACCACUAAACCUUUUGACA